AUGCCACCAUCCGGCCUGGCAUGGGAGCAGGAGGAGCUGGAGAGGCUGCGUCAGGACCGCAAGCAGCACAUGGACGAACUGCAGGAGGCCCUUGAUGCUGCCAGGAAGGUGGCGAGUGAGUCGCGAAUGGAGCGCAUGCGAGCGGAGGCAGAGACGCAGUUCACCAAGCAGCAGGCAGAGGCACUCGAGAAGACACUGGAAGAGGAGCGCAAGGUGAAAGAUGCAGCAGUGGCACGCAGCAGUGAGUUCGCAGCGUCGGUGACGGCGCACCAGAGGCAGCUGCGGGAUGCUGAGAGGCUGCUCGCUGCCGCUGAGGAAAAGGCUACCCGUGCAACUAUUGAGGCAUCAGUGUUGGAGCAAGAGAAGGCCCUCCUGGCAGCAGCAGAGGAGCGGGCGACAGCGGAAGCGGGGAGUGCGCUGGAGAGCUGUUCCGUCUUUCUUAUACGCAUUUCUGUGCCCUUUUCUCCACAGGCAUCGGUGUUGGAGCGAGAGAAGGCUCUGCUUGCGGCAGCAGAGGAGCGGGCGACAGCGGAGGCGGGGAGUGCGCUGGAGAGGAUGCAUCGCGUGCAGGCGGCUCACGACUCACUGGAGAGCACCCAGGCUGCCCGCGAGGCCACGUGGGCCGCUGAGAGGAAGCGGCUUGAAGACUCCAUUGACCGCAUGCAGCGCGAGUGGGCGGAAGCUAGUAGGGCUCUGGAAGCCGAGAGGGACCAUUCUCGCCAUUUGGUCGAAGCUAGGGACAAGGCAGCAGCAGAUGCAGAGGCAAAGCUGAGUGCAGCUUGGAAGGACGUGGAGCAGCUCAAGCAGCAGCUCAGCGCUGCUGUCACCAAGGCCAAGACUGCUGAGGCGCGGUGUGAGGAGCUGCAGGCAGGUGUGAAGCGGUUGGAAGCGGUUGCGGCGGCUGCUGUUGCUGGUGGUGCGGGCGGGGGUGUGGGAGGGAGGAGCUUGAGAUCGGCUUCGGAGGGCGAGGGCAUGGAGGAGGAGGACGUGGAAGAGCGGUUGCACAAGGCAGAGGAGGAGGUGCAGCGGCUCAAGGAGGAGCUGGAGGCGUCCCAGGGGUACCUGGCUCAGUACAAGGCAAUUGGAAAGGCCAACGAGGAAGCACUAGAGCGUAUGAUGCAGCAGCAUAGCUCGUUCAAGGAGGAGGCUGAGAAAGAGCGAGCUGCAGCAGUGGCAGCAGCGGAGGAGCUGAGGGGGAGGGUGAAAGAGGCAGAGAAGCGGGCUGCAGAUGCUGCGGCGGCGGCAACAGGGCUCACGGAGGAGCAUGAGAGGGCGUUUGCUGAUGUCAGCAAGAAGCUGGAGGCGGCUGCUGUGGAGAGAGACGCCUUCAGGGCGCGGGUGGAGGAGAUAGAGUGGCGGGUGGAGUCAGAGGCAAAGGAGGCAUCGGAGAUGCGGCAGAAGUGGAGGGAGGCGCAGACCAACUACGAGCGACAGGUCGUGCUGCAAGCAGACACCAUUCGCCAGCUGGACGGCGUGAGUCAGACGCUCAACGCCGCCCAGGCAGGGCAAAGGGAGUGGCGCAGCAAGGCAGAGAAGGCCGAAGCAGAGCUGACCUCCCUGCGGGCCGAGUGGGAGACAGUCAAGGGGGGGCUGGAGGCUGCACGGGCUGCUGCAGAGGGGAAGGCAAAGGAGGUGGAGGCUCAGAACGUGAUUCUGCUGGACCGGCUCGAGGCGCUGCGUGUGGGGACGCCGGGGAAGGCGGGUGGGGUUGCUUCGCCUGGUGUGAGGAGGAGGAGAUCGGUUGCUUCCCCGUCGCCGGGUAAGGUGUCUGGAGCAGUGGAGGGGACAGGAGAAGCUGGAGGGGGAGCGGGAGGAGCAGACGGAGGGGCGACGGCAGCAGCAGCGGAAGGGCAAGGGGAAGGGGAAGGGGGAGCGGGGGUGGGGGAGGACGGAGGGCUGGCGGAGCUGCAGGAGGUGGUUCGGUUCCUGCGGCGCUCCAAGGAAGCUUCCGAGAUGGAGCUGGCUCUGCUGAAGCAGGAGCGGCUGCGGCUGACGAAACAGGUAGAGGCAGCAGAGAGAGAGGCACAGGAGGCACAGCAGCAGCUGAGAGAAGCGCGGGCGCGGGGGGCUGCGACGGCGCAAUCUGAGGGGGAGUUUGCGGCGCUUAAAGCCCAAGUGGCGCAGGUGAAUCUGCUGAGAGAGAGCAACGCGAUGCUGAGGGAUGAGAGCCAGAGGAACUUUGCGGAUGCGGGCGAGUGGCGGGAGAAGGCGCGGCAGGCGCUGCAGCAGGUGGGGCCGCUGCAGGCGGCGGUGCAGCGGAGGGAGGCGGAGGUGGCUGCGGGGAAGAGGGAGGUGGAGAGUGCAAGGGAGGAGGCGGGGCGGUGGCAGCGGCGCGUGCAGCAGCUGCUGGAGAAGUACAAAGCGAUUGAUGUGGAGGAGUAUCAACGGCUGCAGGACCAGCUGCAGGUCAAAGAGAAGCAAGCGGAGCAGCUAGAGCAGGAGCUUUCAGAGGCGAGGGGUGCUCUGGCAGCAGCAAAGGCCGCAGCAGAGGCAGCAGAAAAGGACAAGGAGGCCGAGAAGAAACGGACGGCUGCUGAGCUGGCGGGGCUGGAGGCGCAGCUGGCAGCACUGGCAGCAGAGAAGGAGAAGGUGGAGAAGGAGCGGACGGCAGGAGGGGAGGAGCUGAAGAAGCAGCUGGAAGUGGCGAAGGAAAACGAGGCGAAGCACAAGACUGAGUUUGCCAAGCUCAGGAACACGGCCAUCAAAUUCAAGCGCAAUGGCGAGCAGCUGAGCAAGGAGAAGGAGGAGCUGCGGCAGGCCAAGGAGCAGCAGAGCAAGGAGGCAGAAGCAGCCAAAACCAAGGCAGCAGAGCUUGAAAAGCGCAUCGCCGACCUCGAAAAGAAGCUCCAGACAGCCUCUGAGACGUCUCAGAAACGAGUGGCUGACCUGGAGAAGAGGCUUCAGGAGCAGGUGGCAGCGGGUGCAGCGGCCAGGAAGGCGGAGGAGGGGAAGAGUGCUGCGGAGGCUGCUUCUGGGAAGCAGCAGGCGGCGGUGGCAGAGGGGAUCCUGAACUCCCGGAUUCAGUUGCUGCAGAGGCAGCUGGCAGCAGAGAAGGAGAGGCGCACCAAGAACCUCAAGAGCAUCGUCGACUCCUUUCAGCGCGCCAAGGAGAGUUACGAGACCAUCUCUGUGAGGGUGGUGGCAGUGGAAGACUGGAUCAAGCAGCAACGCCAGGUACCAUACGUGUGCCCCGUCUCCCCUCGACCGCCCCUCUCAGUCCCUCUCUUCUCUUCCCCUUCGUUUUCCUCCUCCUUUUUCUUCCCUCCACGCUCUCUCUCCCUUUUCUACACACACACACGCACACUCGUUUUACUUCCAACUCGCACUCCUCUCUCCGCCCAGGGCAAGGAGGAGGCGUUUGAGGAGCCGGCAGUGGUAUCAGAGCUGAGGGCAGCAUCGCAGGAGUACGAUGCUGUCUUUGGCGCCAUGCAGAAAACAGCAGAGGCUGGCGGUGUCGUUGCUCCUGCUGCUGCUGCUGCUGCUGCCACUUCUGCUGCUCCUGCUGCUGCUGCUCCUGUUGCUGCUCCUAUCGCUGCUCCCGCCACUGCUCCUGCAGCUACUGCUGCUCCUGUUGCAGCUCUUCCUGCCGCCGCGGUCUCAGUUGCGCCCUCUGCUGCUCCUGCUGCCGCUGCUCCAGUCCCUGCUGUUCCUGUUGCCGCUGGUGAGACAGGCGUGCCCGUGGCCGCCCCAGGCGAGGUUCAAGCCGCACCUGCUGCAGGUGGGAUGGAGGUUGAGGGUGGGGAGCAGGGGGGCGCAGGGGCGAGUGAAGCGGUGCAAAGCGAUGAAGUGGGGUUGGCGGGCGAGGCAGGUGGGGAAGCGGCAGGAGAAGGGGCAGAGGAGAAGCAGAAGCAGGGAGAGCAGGGCGCAGGGGCAGGUGAAUCUGCUGCUCUCGUGCCUGGGGAAGGGCAAACUGGGGAAGGCCCAAACGGAGAAGGGGCACCAGAGGAGGCGGCAGGUGGUGAUAGCACAGGGGCAGAAGGAGACGGGGAGGGGGAAGGGAUGGGCGCUGGGGAUACAGGUGGGGCAGCAGAGACAGGGGCGGGAGCAGAAGUUCCGGAGAUUCACGUGGAGGUGCCUGCUGCUCCCGCUUCUAUUGGAGCUGCAACAAUUGCCACUACCGAUGCCAUUGCUGGUACUGCCGGUGCUGCUGGUACUGCUGGUGGAACAGCGGCAGUGGAGGGAGCAACAACACAGCAGCCGGGUACAGGGGUGGGCACAGCAGGAGCAGCUACAGGAGGAACAGCCACAGCAGGAACAGGCACAGCAGAGACGGCUACAGCAGGAAUGGCUUCGCGACCCAGGAGGUCGACAGCAGGGCUGAGAGGCAGGGCGGCAGCAGUGGCGGCAGCAACGGCAGGGCGAGGGGGAGGGCGUGGGGAGGCGGGAGAGGGGGGUGGUGCAGGGGAAGGGGAGGCGGCUCAGCGCGCUGCUGCCAGGCAGGCCCGGUUUGGUGCCGCCACAUCUCCCCGCCGCGGUCGAGGUGCAAGGGGCCGGGGCACACGAGUGAUCAGCCUUGUGCAGACAGCUGGACGAGGGACGGGCAGCCCGCGCGGGCGUGGCCGAGGCAGGGGAGCUGCAGGUAAUAUGCCCACCGCCUACACCCUUUUCGAGUUUUGUGGUUUCCGCUGUUUUGGUAGGUGCACCCGUGUUCUGAAGGUGGUGUGGGGAUGUGUUUCUGUUGAAUUCAACUCACAGGAGGGUCUUCAUCCGCUGCACCAGGGGCAGAUGGUGCGGGUGGAACAGGUGCAGCCUGAGAAGAGUGGCAGCUGA